AUUAGAAAGCAUCCACAAUAUAAAGGAAACAUUAUCAUACCUUUAAGAAGUUGACACAAACCACAGGAACAAUUUUGUUUGUAUAAUAUAAGUUAAAUUUCAUCUCUAUCUAUAUAUACCCUUAUGAGAAAAUCUUCCAUCAUACAAACAACAAGAAAACGCUCAAUCCUAAAGAUCAUGACAUCUCAAAUUUCUCCUCUACUUCUUCCCAAAUAUUUAGAAGAAGAUGGUAUAAGUGAAGAGUGUAAGAAAUUUCUAUCUACUCUACCCAAAGAAAAAGGAUGGGUUGAAUCACAUCUCUACAAUUACCAAGGUUUUUGGAUAGAACCAAGAACAUUCCAAGGUGUGAUUGUAUGUCAACAACAAUUUCAAGCUCAAGAUAGUAACAUUUUCCUUGUUACAAAUCCUAAAUCAGGAACCACUUGGCUAAAAUCACUUUUAUUUACUCUAGUAAAUCGAAAGAAACAUUCGAUUUUUGAACAAAAACACCCUUUACUUGUCAAGAACCCUCAUGAUCUUACUCCAUCCUUGGAAUUUAGACUCUAUAACGAUGGUCGUGUCCCUAAUUUUUCAUCCUUAGCGUCACCUAGACUCUUCUCAACUCAUUUGCCCUUUGCAUCAUUGCCAAAAUCUGUCCAAAGUUCAAGAUCCAAACUUGUUUACUUAUGUAGGAAUCCUAAGGACACUUUUAUUUCUAUGUGGCAUUUUACAUACAAUUUAAGACUUCAUCCCAAAGAUACCAAUUCCAUUGAAGAAAUGUUUGAUUUUUUUUGAAAAGGGAUGAGCCCUUGGGGUCCAUUUUGGAAUCAAGUGCUGAGUUAUUGGAAACAAAGCAUAGAAAAGCCUAAUAAAGUAUUAUUCUUGAUGUAUGAAGAAUUUAAAUCACAACCCAAAUUUCAGCUUAAACGCUUGGGUGAAUUCUUGGAAUGUCCAUUUUCUAUAGAGGAAGAAAAUUGUGGAGUGGUGGAUGAAAUAGUAAGAAUGUGUAGCUUUGAGAAUUUGCGCAAUUUGGAGGUGAAUAAAAAUGUGAGAUCAUCAUCAUCUGGAGUGGAACAUAAAAUUUACUUUCGUAGAGGGAAAGUUGGAGAUUGGAAGAAUUAUUUUACUACAGAAAUGAGUGAGGAACUCGAUCAUAUUAUUGAACAAAAGUUUCAAAGAUCUGGAUUAAGGUUUUUGUACGUUUGAUUAAUCAUUGUUAGUAUAUUUGUCAAUUGAAUGAAAUUACUUGCUUUGAAAAUUGAUAUUGAAGUAAUUGAUUUGAGAUUAAUGCAGCAAGUUAACGUAUGAAAUUGUUCCCAAA